AUGGACGCCUCACAAGUGGUGGAGGCCGUGUCCAUUCUUUACACGGACCCCUCCCCGGAUCGCAAGUCGCAGGCCAACGCAUGGCUCACCUCCUUUGCCGCAACCCCCGCCGCAUGGGGCGUCGCCGCGAGUCUCGUCGAGUCAGCGCAGUCAAUGGAAGUCCGUUACUUCUGCGCUAAUCUCCUUCUUUCGAAAGCGCGCUCCGAUCUCUCCGCUCUCCUCCCAGACUCGCGCGCGGAGCUCGGCGCGCAUCUGCUGCGCCUCGUCGCGUCCUACAUGACCAAUAGCAGCGUGCCACCUGUCGUCCUCUCCCGCGUCUGCCUCGUCGUGGCGGCGGUCGCGCUGAGGUCGGCCAAUCAGCACGCGCUGAAUGCCAGCACGCUAUUGGACGUCGUGCUGCGCGCCGCUGACGUGGCGGAGAAGAGCGAGGGAGGAACUAGUGCGCACGGGUUGGGGGGUGGUGGCGGGGGCGGGGGAGGGGGAAGCGCAAGCGACCAGGCGCUGGCGGUGGUGGUUGCGGUGCUGCAGGGGGUGGCGGAAGAGGCGGAACAGCUGGAUAGGCGCAACACAGAGAUCACCCUCGCGCUCAUCCGGACGCGCUUCCCGGACCUGCUUCAGAUCAUCCAGACCUACACGCAGCGCCACACCUCCUCCCUCUCCGCGCCAUCCUUCCCCUCCCACCAACCACCGCUCCUCUCCGCCUUCCUCCGCCUGCUGCUCACCUGGCUGCACCUCGACUUCCCCUCCUUGGGCCAGCAGCCAAUCACAGCAUGCCAGCUCAGCACCGCCUUCCCCUUCCUCUGGCACUUCAUCCUCCGCUCGCUCGCAUCGCCCUACCCGCCUGUCGCCGCCACCAGCGCCGAUAUCCUCGUGGCACUCGUCAGCCAAUCAGAUUCUCAAGACGCGUCAGCACCUGUCAUCUCGUCCGUUUUGAAGGCCCUGUUAGACGCGUGGGACGUGGCCCAGACACAGUCAGGCACGUGGUCGCAUGAAGCCAGGCGGGCGGUGCAGAGGGCACUGAGCAGCGUGGCAGUGGCCGUGGCAGAGGAGCACCCAGACGCGCUCACGGACCCACGUGCGCCCGAGGGCGUGGCUGUGGGGGAGGUCGUGCUGGCGUGCGCUGCAGGGGGCGGCGGGGCGUGGGGGGGAGGGGAAGGCGGCGAGGGGGAGAGUGCGGAGGAGGUGGAGGCGAGUGCAGACGCAGUGGUGGAGUUCUUUUUGGCUGUCAACACUGUGCCUGUGAACGAGAGGAGUGAGGGGUAUCGGGGGGCGCUGUUUCUACGCCUGGCUGAAGUGUUGACCACCAAGGCAGCCUAUCCGCCCUCGUUCACAUCGUGGGCCGACAAUCAGGAAGAUGCUGACGCCUUCUACCGCUUCAGGGACCAGAUAGCAGCGGACGGGCUGCACAUGGCGUUUGGGCUGAUGCCAGUGGAAUACAUGGACCGCGUGGGGGGCUCCCUGCAGAGUGCAGGCACAUGGCAGGCGGCAGAGGCGUCACUCUUCAUGCUGCGAUCUGCAGCCCAAGCAGUGAAGAAGCGACUAUUAAACCUGGAGGCAUACGGGGAGAGGGAGCAGCGCAUGGCAACGGUGCUGGGAGGGGUGAUGGUGCGCGUGAGCCGGGACGCGGAGACAGGGGGAUUCCUGGCAUCGCACCCCCUGCUGGUGGACACGUGUUGCCUCCUCAUUGGCUCCUUCGCGGACUGGCUCAACCUCCAGCCAGACUGCCUGAUGGGCGUCAUUGGCUACCUUCUUAAAGCCCUGCAGGUGAUUCUUUAA